AACAACAUUAAUUCCAUAUCAGCAGUAAUACAAUUGCAGGAACCACCAAUGAAAAUACAACUAGAGCUUUUAAAAUGAAAUCCCCACCUACUGUAUAUAGAGCAGAGCACAGAGCGGCACUGACAGUUUCAAACCUGCACUCAACAGUUCUCUCUCAUACAGUCGCAGGAGCUUCUCUAAUCCACCUGCAGCACCAAAAAGCAAUAUCACCAGAGCAUUACAGGGUCAUGACUGAUCCCUACAUCAGGCACAUCCAACUUCUGGGCUUUGAGAAAAGAUUUUUGCCCAGCCAACAUUAUGUCUACAUGUUCAUGGUCAAGUGGAAGGAUCUCACAGAAAAGCUGGUCUACAGGAAAUUCACUGAAAUCUAUGAGUUCCAUAAAGCCUUAAAAGAAAUGUUUCCAAUUGAAGCUGGAGACAUAAGUAAAGAACACAGGACAAUUCCUCACCUACCAGCUCCAAAAUGGUUUGAUGGUCUCAGGUCCACGGAGAACAGGCAGGUCACUCUGUCAGAUUACUUUUCCUCUUUGCUCAGUCUCCCUCCUAAAAUCUCCCGCUGCCCUCAUGUUCUGAAUUUAUUCCAAGUCAGACCUGAUGAUGUUAAUCACGUAGCCAACAACAUCAAUGGUCGUAAACCUGAGACGUUUUUGUUGAACACUACAAAAAAAAAUGUGUCAGAUAUAACAGGACCCAUUAUCCUGCAGUCAUACAGAGUGAUUGCUGACUAUGAAAAGAAUUCCAAGAGUGAGCUGCCAGCGAAAAAUGGAGAUGUGGUAGAGGUAGUGGAGAAAUCUGAAAAUGGCUGGUGGUUCUGUCAGCUAAGGAACAAGCGGGGAUGGAUGCCUGCUGCUUAUCUUGAGCCUUUAGAUGGCCCAGAUGAGUCUGAAGAACAGGAUCCUAACUAUGAAGGGGAGCUGCACAUCACCACAAAAGAAUAUACAGGAGAAUUAGAUGAUGAGCUGAGUCUCACAGAAGGAGAGAAUGUUGAAGUCAUCCACAAGCUGCUGGAUGGUUGGUGGGUUGUCAGAAAAGGCAGCAUCACUGGAUAUUUUCCAGCCAUGUAUCUACAGAAAUCUGGGGAAGCAGCCCCAGCCAAUGGGAACCCGUUAAAAAGAAAAGGCUUGCCCCCAAGGCGAUCCACUAUUUCAAAUGCUAAGAGUAUUCACAAACAACGUCGAAAGCAGAUUAGCCAGGAAACUUACAGGAGAAACAGCAAGAAGUACUUAAAGCAACGGCAACCCAUUGCGGAUUCUAAAAGCCCAGUUAUAACAGAAAAUAAAGAGGUAGAAAACAAAUCUAAACCCCAGCCUGCAAUUCCCCCAAGACCCAGCAGAGAACUCAUCCUGGACCGUUGCUCAGAGAACACAAAGAACAAGAUCAGAACAUUGAACUAAGUCACCCUGAAAUCAUGUAAUGUUUAUCUAUAAUGAUUUAUACCUUUAGUGCAGCUUCAAACUGGGUUUCCUAGGGACCACAAGAGAAUCUGAUACUGUGGGACCACUCUCAUAGUAAUUAGAAGUCCUAAUCAUAUAGGUUUUUAUAUUGGAUAUUGGGGAAAUAAUGGGAAUUUUCCUAGAGUGGCGCCCAUUUGGGACUGAGCCCACCUGAUACUUUGACUCUGCUUUAGAGUUUAAUAAUCCACCAGUAAAUUCCGAUUGACCAAUAAAAUUUUUGUAUAUACAAGUUAAACAGAAUCAGUAUUUAAAGAAUGGAUUGUAGAGUUUGUCCUGCAGAACUAGCUGACAUAGCAGCAAACACGGAUGUAACAUCAAAUCUGCAUUUGUACAGAAUCCGGGUCUCUGAAGAGGAAUGAGAGACUCCUAAUCAGGGAAAUAGGGAUAUGGGGGGUAGUAGAUAAUAUCCACAUAAAUUUAAAUAAUGUAUUAGAUUUUUAGUUUAUUUCCUGUUUUUUUUAUUUUUUAAAUGUGAUAUUCUUGUUCAUUUCGGGGGGGUUGCUUUUACUUUUUGGGGCAGAUUUAUUAUCGAAUUUUUUAUGGUCAAAAUUCGCCCAAGGAGUUGUUCAAAUUCGAUAAAGUUCAUAUUUGAUUUUCGAGAUUUAUCAUACUCUGGCUCUUUAAGAAUUUCAAAUUCAACUAUUCGCUUCCUAAAACCUGCU